UCCGGGUUGUGUCUUUUCCGUGUCUGCCACUAUGGUCGUGCUGAGAGGAAUCCCCUCUGUUUUAUCACCCGAGCUGCUGUAUGCUCUCGCUAAAAUGGGCCACGGGGAUGAACUGGUUCUUGCUGAUGCAAAUUUUCCGUCAUCUUCUAUUUGCGCUCAUGGCCCAAAGGAGAUAAGAGCUGAUGGUGUGGGAAUCCCACAGCUUUUGGAGGCCAUUUUGAAGCUGUUGCCCCUGGAUACCUAUGUCCCCUCUCCGGCCGCAGUCAUGGAUCUUGUAGACAGUGACAAACAGAGAAGUUUAGCUGUCCCUGUGUGGGACACCUACACACAGCUACUGGGUCAGGCUGGGUCUCAGACUCCUCUUGAGAAGGUGGAAAGGUUUGUUUUCUAUGAACGAGCCAAGAAAGCCUAUGCUGUCGUAGCAACAGGGGAAACGGCUCUUUAUGGUAACUUGAUACUGAAGAAGGGGGUUAUUCCUGCAGAGCUGCUACAGUGAUACACACACACAUUUUAUAAAGUAAUGAUGAUCUCAUGACAAUUUCUGCUCUGAAUUCAAAGCAUAAUUUAUAUUUGUUAAUGUGUAAUUAAUGCCUUAAAUACAAUCUAAUUAAUUUCCAGUUUACAAGGAGCAGAAAUGAUUUUGUAUUUUUCUAAAUAACUUCUGUGUUGUACAUGCAU